AUGAUGUCUGAGGUUAUUGAGUCAGUUGGUAAACUGUGUCCAAUUUGUCAUGAUGAUAUUGACUACUUUGCAUACGGAUCAUGUAAUCAUCCUACAUGUACAAAGUGUGUGCUGAAAUUGCGAAAGUUCGGAAGCGCUGAUGAGCCCGAAUUUUCACAAUGUCCCACUUGUCGGCAGAAUAUUAACAGAGUUGCGAUAAUGAGGAAUUUCGUUCCCUUCGACAAUAUUGACGUGUCCUUACUUCGACAUGACUCAAAGUUUGAUUUUAUGUUUCCUGAUGUGGAGAUUGAACAGCACUACCUAAACAUGCUUAAAUCAGUCUGCCCUAUUUGUGGUGAAGAAAAAAAGUCUCUCUCUGCCUUAAAUAGACACACUACUUUGGAGCAUCAGCUUUCUUAUUGUGAUCUCUGUAUUCGAUAUGCCAGGCUUUUGCCAUGUGAAUUCAUACUUAUGAAACCAGCUGACCUUACAAAACAUCGUUCAUGGGAUAAAAACAAGAAGAAAGGCCAUCCUUUGUGUGAUUUCUGUAAAGAACGAUUUUAUGAAAUGGAAGACUUAAUAACCCAUAUUCGUGAUCUUCACUUUUUAUGUGAUCUCUGCAUGACUACAGGAAAGUUUGUGGUUUUCAGACAGCAGUGUGAAUUAUUAGACCAUUACGGUGAAUCUCAUCAUCUAUGUUCCGAGUGUCGAGCUCAACAACGUAUCUCAUGUUUUGCAACCGAGGAUCGUUUAGGCUUGCAUCGUUUUCAAGAACAUCCAAAUGAAGUGGCCAAUGAUCCCAACUCCUGGCUUCCGAUUUCUAUACGACACGUAACAUCUACUGAUUCUGCUUUCAGGAGACGUGACCAAAUAUUUCCUGAUGUAUAUAGUGUGGAUGGCGUUGUUGAUGCAUCUGAUGGUAGACUUACUUCACAAGACAAUCCUAGUGUAACAUACCGACGACCUAAUCCCUCCGAAUGGACCGGUGAAGAUUUCCCUUCACUUCAGUCGACCAGACCAAUGACCACAAGUUCUCACUUAGCAACGAAUGAGUCUAGGAGUCCUCAAACACCCAUACAAAGACUUAUGGAGUCAACCACUACUUUGACAGAAAGCGAGAUAAACGACACAAAUAAUUCCGUACAAAAUAAACGACCAAUAAUGGGUGGAAGUUGGGUUUCUCGUGUUGCUAAUGUCAAUUUUACUAAUAAAGAUCGUCUUACAUCUGAAGAUUUUCCUAGUUUAACACAAUCCACAAAUCCUUCUACUGGCAAUCCUCCCACGUGGGUUAGAGGUAAUGCUUCCCAACUCAUACAAAAUCCUCAGACUGAUACAUCCAAUCAUUUUAGCUUCCCAACUCUUGGAUCAAAUAAUCAUGCUUCUGCUAGUAGUAGUAGUCCUUCGUCAGGAUGGCCGAAAACAAGCCGUAAUACAUCUUCGGAAGAACAACUUAAAUCCACAUUUCCUCAAUCAGUUUCUCUGCAGACGCCUACAUCUUCCGAUUUUCCGUCCCUUUCAACAAAUUCCAAUCCUAGUCAUUCAAAUCGCACCAUCAAUUUAACUUCAAAGUCAGUUUUAGAAAGUAAAUCCAAGGUGUUUAAAACACCAGCGGCUGAUGCAAUAAAGAAGAAAACUGAACCAUUAACAGCCACAACCGGAUUAAAAAAUACGAAGAAAUCAAAACCCAGAAACAACUCAAGAACAAUAAACAAUGAUUUGGAUGAGCAUGGUGGUAUGACUUUAAGGGAUGAUAGCGAGAAGUAUGCUGAUGAUCAGUCACCAUUGGAAAAACCUCAGUUCAGUCAUAUCCGAACAGUAGAUGUUCUUAAUAUUAAUCAACAAUCAUCUAGUCAAACAAAUCUAAUUAAACAUGAACCAUUAUCACUUACAAAUGAUUUUCCAUGUCUAUCUGAAAAUAAAACUAAUUCCAAUGAUACAAUACAGAAAAAAUUACAAAAUCGACAAACAAAAAAGAAAAUCAUUGAUACUAUUGUUCAUCAAUCUGAACAACAACACUCUUCUCAUACAACCAGUAGUGUUGUGAAUAACACUUUAAAACCUGAAAUUAAUUCAUUAAUCAAACUUAUUAAAUCUAUUCAAUUUAAUGAUAACAUGGAUAUUGAAUGCUUAUUAUAUGCUAAAUCUCAAUAUGUAGCUCCACCGGAUAUGGAAACACGUAAUCGUGAAUUAAUUCAAACAGUGGAAAAUGAUUUAUUUGAUAAAAGUGGCAAGACAGCUUUUAUUCGAUUUGCUGAUUUAUCACGUCGUUAUCGUUAUAAACAAAUCAAUGCUACAGCUUACUUGGAAGGCUUAAUUGGUCUUCUAAAUGUCAAUACUGUGAAUCAGAAUGAUGAUGACAAUAUUCCAUACUGGAUAGGUCCGAUGAUUUCCUUAUUGCCUGAUAUAGGGCUUCAACGUGCCUUACUUCGUGCUCUGCAAGCACAAGGAUCUCCACGUAUUCCAGUUGAUAUGCAAGAAGCUUUGUUAAAAAGUGGUCAUCAAUUGAAGCGCAACAAAAACCCUAUAUUAGCUCUUCCUCCAUGGUCAAAGAAAGUCCUAAAAACAAUUCAAACAUGCCAGGAAUGUGGUCAAGUUUGUCUACGAAGUGAUCUAUCGACUCAUAUGGAAUUGGCUCAUUCUGUGUAG